AGAAAAUCAUAAAAGAAGUUCUUGAUUUGAAAUACCUGAAGAAAUCAAUAGAAUGGCCUCUUUCAAUUGUCUUGUCUUGGCUAUCUUCAUGGCUUUGUCAUACUCAAGCAUCAAUGUCAGCCUAGCAGCUCGUCGUCUUCAGCAACUGCCCUCUUUACCUCCACUGCCCGUUCCAUCUCUUCCACAGCCUUCAUUACCAUCCCUGCCAAACUCUGGGGCCCUUCCUCCCCUUCCCAGCAUUCCCACAAUGCCUCAACCCACCCUCCCUACUGCCCCGAAAGUCACUUUGCCUCCAUUGCCUAGCGUUCCUAAAAUGCCUCAACCUACUCUGCCCACCGCACCAAAGGUCGCUCUACCUUCAUUGUCUAGCGUUCCCACAAUGCCUCAACCAACCCUACCUGCUACUCCAACAGUUUCUCUGCCACCAUUGCCUAGCGUUCCUGCAAUGCCUCAGCCUACACUGCCGGUCGCUCCAAAAGUUACUCUGCCUCCACUCCCUAGCGUUCCUUCAAUCCCCUUCAUCCCUGUCCUUUCCCCACCCCCUGCAAACUAAAACCAGCCCUUGAAAUGAGCAUGGAUUUGCAUUUUGAGUAGUGUGAUCGCAUCGCCCUAUAAUUUUCAUAGUUUCAUGUUAGAUUGAUAUGCCAAUUUGAUCUUUCUUAUUUCCACAAGAAAGAUGCGUGCUGGAGCCUUUCAUCAGUUCUCUUUGUUUGCUUUUAUGUGAGUAUUGAUGUUAAUUAGUUUGCAUCGUAUAUUUUCUCCUGUAUUUCAUUUCUUCAGGAUUAUAUAAUAGUAACACUGAAUUUUUUUAUCAU